UGACUAUCCCGAAGGUGUGAAUGAAGGCGUCUGGUUCCUAUAAGCUCCCAGGUAAUGUACGGUUCUUCAAGGAGGAUGCAGCUACUAGCAGUACCAGAUCUUCAGUCUUACUGGGUAUCAACCUCUCAUACUUUGUAGUGAUGAUGGUGGCCCCCGGCCGGGCGGCGGCCACGGUCCCUAGCGGGUCCCGGGCGCAGCACAACUUGCUGUCUUUCCCCGGCGGGGACAGAGCGGCACGGAAGACUGUCCUUCUCGCCUUCGCCACUAUCGCGACGGAGCUCGGGACGACUCUGGAGAGCCGGGGUGGAGGGUCAGGAGGACCCGCUCGGAGAGCCCGCCGGCUGUGGCCGUACGGCCCGGGAGCACCGCGGAUGCCGGCUCCAGCUUUGGCAGGCGAGGCACGCGCCGCCUCCUCCCCGCCCUCCCCUUUCCGCUGUCCCCUCCCCUUGGCCCCGCCGCGCAGCCCUGGACGCGCGAGAGUGGGGGCGGCAGACAGACUGGGAAAUCACGGAGAAAGUUGCUCGCCUUCUCCGCAGCUCCUCGGGGGGCGCCGAGGCCACACCCUACCCCUGUAUUCUUUUCUGGGUCAAACACUGGGGUCUGGAGCUGCAGUUCCCGCAGCCCUUGGAGCCGUGGAUGGGAAGUAG